UGACUGUUGCUUGUCGAGACAUACACGCUAGUAUUUUGUCUGAUGGUGUGUCGUGCGUGUCGGAGACGAACGCAUCAGAAAUUUUUGGUAUUAAAGUUUAUUUUAGUUUUUGUAAUUUCAUGUAUCAGCCUGCAGGCCGCUCUCGUAUCAACUCCUGUAGGCAGAUUACCUAAGGAGUUGGCUAGCGUACGUGGGAAUUGUUGUUGGUCAAUUGUGACCUGCGGCGCGUUGUAUUAUCGCGUCGAAAAAAACACCAAUACCAUAGCGGCUUGGGGGUAUGGUGCUGCAGGAAGUUGUAGAACGAGCAAUAUUAUUAGUCGUAGUGGAACGUGAAACGAUAGCCGAACAACCUCGUAUUUUUCUUCGUUUUCUGUGCUUAGCGUGCCUAUCAGUGUUGUGCUGAAAGUGAGACCGUGUAACUAGGAAAAAAAUAAAAGACAGCUCGCUUCCUGUGCAUGCAGCGAUGAUCAAUUAGUUAAUGGAAACGGUGUGUAUAUAGGGAAAGGGGUUUGCCAGUGGAUUUCCAGCCCCGCCCGCCGUUCGCCGGGUUUACCGCAGGUUUAGCCCGUGCCACUGCUUGCGUGUGCAAUUGUGGACCAGUGACGGGUCCGAAUCUGUGAUUGGUGCAUGCGACCGUCAGGAACAAGUGCUCGCAGAGAUUUACUCUCUGGCAAAUACCUAAGGAUAGCUAUAUAUCAUUUUUGCAACACAAAGUCAAGUAAAAUUUGUCGGCCGAAUUUAUGGUGACGUGCAAGCCGCCUGCGAAAAUGUCGCCACCAGAAAUACGUUUCAAGAUGCCGAAUUGGUACUACGAUAAACAGGCAUUACGUGAGACGCCAUCCUUUCUGGAUGGCAUAUCAAACGUGAAGGAGAUGCGGUAUCGACGGGAGGGUGCACGAUUUAUUAUGAAAGUCGGCACUAAAUUGGGACUUAAAUGUGAGACCACGGCAAGCGGUAUUGUGUACUUUCACAGAUUCUAUAUGUUUCACAGCUUUAAACAGUUCCCGCGAUUCAUCACAUCUUGUUGUUGUCUGUUCCUCGCUGGAAAGGUAGAAGAAACUCCGAAAAAGUGCAAACAAAUAAUCUCGACGGCGAGUGAAUUCCUUACGCAAAAGCAGUUAGAAACGUUCGGAGAUGACCCGAAAGAAGAAGUAAUGACCUUGGAGCGGAUUCUUCUAAAAACGAUCAAAUUCGACUUGCAAGUAGCGCACCCGUACCAUUUCAUUUUGCGAUACGCAAAAGCAAUUCACGGCGACCGGGAUACAAUAGGGCAGAUGGUGCAAAUGGCUUGGACGUUUAUCAACGACUCGUUACAAAGCACUCUAUGUCUACAGUGGGAGCCGGAAAUUAUUGCAAUCGCUGCCAUCUAUUUAGCAAGCAAAUUAUCCAACUUUGAAAUUUCCGACUGGCAAGGCCGAACGUCAAGUCAACGUCGAUGGUGGGAAGCGUUUGCUUCGGAGGUGUCAGUCGAAUUGUUAGAGGAUAUUUGCCAUCAAAUAUUAGAUUUGUACUCUACAGCGAAUCCAGACACUCCGCAGGAUUCGCCGCCUGAUGAGGAAGAAGUAUGUCCAACGCCACCACGAAGACCUCCACAGAGACCGCCUUCGCCACUUAGUAAAAAGGAAAAGAAAGAAGAGCCUCAUACACCCCAGGAAAGCAAAAACCUGCCGAUGCCACCCAUGCCACCCCUUGGAAUGGGCAGUACGGUAGCACCACCUCCGCCGUUGCCGAAGGAGCCACAAUUCUACGCCCCGCCACCAAGCGAACCGCCUUCGGCCAUUCCGGUACUGGGUGUCACGCACCCGACAGCGCCUCCAUCGAGCUCGCAAGGGACUGGCGGGCCAUUUGGCGGAGGAGGUCCACCAAUCGGCGGAUUAACACCUUUACCCCCGGUUCUACCACCACCACAGCACAGCCUCAACCAACAACCUCCGCAUGGACCACAGGCGCACCCUGUCCUGCAGCAGCAGCCACCGCCUCAACAGCAGCAACAACCGCAACAACAGUCGCAGGUGGUUCCACUUCCGCACAAUCACGCUAACAACCACCAGACAACUACCCCCGUCGUGCCUCCGCCGCCGCCCCAGGCACCGGUCGGAGCCGCGGGAAGCGCGGUGCCUGUUCUAAGCAGCGGACUGUAUAGCCGGCCACCCCCGCCACUGCCAAGAAACCACAACAGCCAGGGGCCGCCUUCCGCACACGUGGCCGGAUCACCCUCCGUCCAUUCCCGUCCGUCGCCUGUCGUCGGGGUGUCACCUGGAGGGCAGGGUGGUUACGUUCCCCCAGGGGCAGCUAGCUAUUUCCUGCAUGGACCGCCUCCCGCAGUACCCCCCCAGGACUAUUCAACGCCUCCACCACCACCUCCACACCAAUAUUAUCCAGCAAACCCACACCACCAUCGGCCACCAAUGGGCCUACCGCCAACGCCAUCUGGCAAUGCACCCGGACCGGGAGGACCAAUUAGAGAUCACUAUAGACCGUCAAAUCAACACCAUCCGUAUAUGCGAGGGCCGGCUGGCCAAGGUAAUCCAUAUCUGAUGCCUCCACAAAGGCGAUGAAAUCGAAGCGGCGAGCCUAUUAAGGCAAAAAUCGCACAACCAACUCUCGAGGUUGAUGUACAUUAAACCUGUAAAAUAGACGUAAACAACUGAAAACGAACUUAAAUAUAUUAAUAUUAGAAAAUAAUAAAUGUAAUCAUAAUGUUCGAUAACGUACCGUUGUAUUGAAUUCAGUAGUAUAUGUCGUAUAAAU